AUGGAUAAGUCUAGAAAAUAUAAGAGUGGAGCUGAAAAGCGCAAAUUAAAAAUAAAUAAAGACGAACGCGAUAAGCAACUGCUUUCUAAAAUACCGAAACUAACAAGCCACUUCGCUAAUGCGACGACAACUGUAAACGAAGCAAAUUGUGACAAUCCUGAGUUUUGUGAAUCUACUUCUGAUACUUUUUCAAUUCCAUCAACGUCAAGAGAGGUUAAUUUCCAACAUGUUGACAGCACGAUCGAAGGUGUACAAAAUCCGGACGAUGUCGAAAGUUCGGUGAAUGUAUCAAAAAUUGAUGAAAAUUCCACCAAUGUGUUUUCAAAUGACCCAGGUCCCUCAUCGUGUCGCAAUAUUGAUUUGAUCGCAAAGAAAUCUGGACAAAGAAACUUUUCUGAAUAUCAUUUGCAUCGGGUUUUACCAAAUGGAACACAGACCGAACGUGAUUGGCUGAUCUAUUCGCCGUCAGUCGAUUCAGUAUUUUGUUUUGCUUGUCGCUUGUUCGGUAAUUUAGACGAAAAUGCAAGUUCAUUUGCUCUAAAAGGUUUCAAUGACUGGAAACAUUCAAAGCGUGGUAUUUCAAUUCAUGAACAAUCUCAUGAUCACAUGUCCAACAAUGUCAAAUACAAAAUGCGACUAAAAACCGAUUCUUCUAUAGAAAAAACAUUCGAAAAUUCACUUGUCAAUGACAUGACUUAUUGGAGGAAGGUUUUGAGUCGUGUUGUAGAGGUUAUCAAAUUCCUAAGCUCAAGGGGUCUUGCGUUACGUGGUCACGAUGAAAUUCUUGGGUCCAAACAUAAUGGAAACUUUCUUGGAUGUUUGGAGCUGUUAAGCAAAUUCGAUCCAUUUUUGGCAGAACAUAUCACACGUUUUGGCAAUAGAGGAAAAGAAAGAGCUUCGUACCUUUCAAGUUCAAUAUGUGAUGAAUUCAUAUCGAUUAUGGGAAAAGGUGUGAAGGAAAAAAUCGUUUCGGAGAUAAAAGAAGCCCGUUAUUAUUUAGCAUUGACUCUACUCCGGAUGUGA